AUGACUGUAUCACUUGCUACUAAAUUUUUAGAUUACACAUAUGAAAAUCCAUUCAUGAAUGCAUCUGGUGUACAUUGUAUGACAACAAAGGAUUUGGAUGAAUUAGCUACAUCAGAAGCUGGUGCUUUCAUUACUAAAAGUGCAACUACAUCUUUGAGAGAAGGAAACCCAGAACCAAGAUAUUUUUCAGUGCCGCUUGGGAGUAUAAACUCGAUGGGAUUACCAAACAAAGGUAUUGACUACUACUUAUCUUAUGUUUUGGAACGUCAAAGAAAAUUCCCAGACGAAGGGCCAAUUUUCUUUUCUGUAGCAGGGAUGAGUGUGGAAGAAAAUUUAAAACUUUUAAAGAUAAUUCAAGAGAGUGAUUUUAAAGGAAUUACCGAAUUAAAUUUAUCCUGUCCUAAUGUACCAGGCAAACCACAGGUAGCAUAUGAUUUCGAAUUGACGAAGGAAAUCUUAGAAAAGGUGUUUAGUUUUUUUAAAAAACCGUUAGGUAUCAAAUUACCACCUUAUUUUGAUUUUGCCCAUUUUGAUAUAAUGGCAGAUAUUUUAAAUCAAUUCCCACUAAGCUAUGUAAACUCAAUCAAUAGUAUCGGUAAUGGACUUUACGUUGAUAUCGACAAAGAAAGUGUUGUCAUUAAACCUAAGAACGGAUUUGGUGGUAUUGGCGGUGAAUAUGUUAAACCAACAGCUUUGGCUAAUGUGAGAGCCUUUUAUACCCGCUUAAAUAAAAAUAUUAAGAUAUUUGGUACUGGUGGUAUUACUACAGGAAAAGAUGCUUUUGAACAUUUAUUAUGUGGCGCAACAAUGCUUCAAAUUGGAACAGAACUACAAAAAGAUGGUAUCUCUGUUUUUGAUCGAGUCCAGAAAGAAUUGAUAGAAAUAAUGGAGGAGAAAGGUUAUGAAACAAUUGACGAAUUUCGUGGGAAGUUAGCCAGUAUAUGA